GGAUUUAAACAGUUCCAAAAAAAGAGUAAAACAGAGGAGAAGGAGGUGAGCCUCAUCAAAUUCAUUACCAUCAUCAUCAUCUUCGAUCAGUCCCUGUCGUUCAAGGAUCCAAAUCCCAAGUUUCCAUAACCUCCCUCAGCCACCAAACAACAACAGCAACAUCAUGGGUAAGACUAAAGAAAUCAAGGGUUUCCAGAUUACGGUUGCCGACCAAGGUGAGUCGGCGGAGGCGGCAGCCAGUAAGCCGCAAGAACAAAAGUUAGCACCAAAGAGAAGCACCAACAAGGACCGACACACCAAGGUCGAAGGUAGAGGUAGAAGGAUAAGGAUGCCCGCCCUCUGUGCAGCCAGAAUAUUCCAGUUAACCCGAGAACUGGGUCACAAAUCCGACGGGGAGACCAUCCAGUGGCUCCUCCGUCAAUCGGAGCCAUCUAUUAUCGCCGCCACCGGAACAGGAACGAUUCCAGCUUCAUCCUUAGCUGUCGCCGGUGCUGUUUCAAAUCAAGAGAUCUCAACUUCAAUCGCAAAUCAGAAAAUGGACGAGAUUUUAUGGCCGAUAGUGGGCGAUUGGGGCAGGAAGAACCAUUUUACCACAGGUGGGUUAUGGCCUAGUACUGAAUAUGGGUUUCAAUCAUCAUCUUCUUCUUCCUCAGAAGCAGUAGUAGCAAAUAUAGAAAAUGAGAGUGGGAAUAAUUAUUUGCAGAAAAUUGGGUUUUCUGGAUUUGAUUUGCCAAUGAAUUAUUUCAACUCAAUUAUGUGUGGAGUUAGCAACGUCCAUCAGCAGCAGCAGCAGCAGUUACCAGCUGGUUUGAAGCUUGGCCUCUCACAAGAUGAUGAUCAUAUGGAAGCUCUGAAUCAUCAUCCUCAGUCGAACUUAAAUCAGAUUUACCAGCAAAUGGGUGGUCAGUCCAGAAUAUUACAUCCAUCAUCAUCAUCUCCUGAAGAUGAUUCUCAAGGAUGAGAAACAAUAAUAAUGUUGAAUUAGGAGAAAGUAGGGUAUAUUACAGAUAAUCAUGUCUUUAUCCAUAGAAUGAUGCAUUUUUUGUUGUUGUAACAUUAUUAUGAAGUUUGAGAAUCUUUUUGCUUGAUUUUGAA